AGGAAGGGCUAUUCCAGCAUGUCAAAGACAACUUCAUCAUCAUCAAGCCAGAGUCGUCGGAAAGACUCACCGGAAGAAAGGGAGGACCGGCGAAACAAUCCAACCACGAGGACGGACUAUUCAGCCUUUUUCAAAGACCCAAACUUUGUUAAAGGAAUAUCAAACCUGAUAACACAGAUCCGGCCCUCUACGUCUCAAGCACCUAAAACCCCAGCCAAAAAAGACCUUACCAACACCCUCAAAGGCAAGGAAGCGAACGUUUGUGAAGAAACCACCCGGUCGCCCGGGAGCACGAAGAAAAAAUCCACCACCCGGACGGGAAAUGAACAGACGGACGAAAGUCGCUCGGUCACGGACACUCGAACCCGAAACACCACCCGGUCGGUUUUCAGACGGCUGGGAAAAAACAUGGCCGACGACGACUUGAGGAGAACAUUGACCAGAAGGCGAACGACUCAAGCCGAAGAAGACGAAAUGAAGAGCCUCCGAAGAAGAAUAGCCGAACUCGAAGCUCGGCGUUCGGCCCAAAAACGACUAGUUUCCACCGGACAGGAUCUGACGGAAGUCCCUCUCAAACGAGCCACGACAACCUCAAGGGCACGAACAGAUCAGGAGCAACGAGGCGAGACGAGCGCAUCCGGGGGAAGGAAAAGGACAGUGUCCAGACGAGACGAGGAACAUUCGGUUCACAUCCCAAUCCGAAGAAGCGGACCGCCCACAAGGGUCAAUACGAGCCGGGAAAGUUCGAGCGUGUCAAGAAGACAAGUCAAGCCAUACGUCCAAAAAGCAUACAGCACAGGACACCAAGUCAGUCGAGCGGAGGUCAACCGACACAUUCCCAUGCCCACAAAUCUAAUAAUGUUUUCGGAUAAAGAUUCUCUCCCGUUUGAUAAUCCACACUCAGAUGCGCUCGUAAUCACAGCCCCCAUUUUCCGAAUCCCAGUCCACCGAAUCAUGGUGGACACGGGGGCGUAUUCAAGUAUCUUAUACUGGACCGCAUUCCUUAAAAUGGGGAUAGACCAAAGCGAACUGCGCCCAUGCAACGACCACAUAACUGGAUUCAACGGACAGGCAACCAUUCCCGAAGGAGAAAUCACAUUACCGAUCGAGCUCGGGGGAUCAGGAGCAAACGGACGCAGGAUCAUGGAGACUUUCAAAGUGGUGAAAACGGCCAGCGAGUACAACGCCAUCCUCGGGCGAACGGCCUUAUACAAGCUGAAGGCGGCCGUAUCAAUCUUCCAUUAUUCGAUCAAAUUCCCAACUGAGAAUGGCACGGGAGUCCACUACGGCAACCAAAGGGAAGUAAGGGAGUGCAUCAUGGCGAUCCCGUCAUUAGAAAUACACUCAGUCAUGAUGGCGAACGAGGAGGAGAAACUGAUCGUCGAGUCAGUUGUAGAGCCCGAACAGUCAGACGAGCAGGAAGUUUCGUCCGAACGGUCGGACAACAGUGCGGCCAAAGGAUACACGAACGAACAAAAGAGGAUGAGUGAAGAACCGAUAGAGGGCCCAGAAGAGGAAGACAAAUACCCUAUGCUGACGUCAUCAAACGCAAACACGCCUUCACCCCCGAGAGACGGACAGGGCAAAAAGGCUGUGAAAGAAUCGGAGGCCGAUCAAACCGACCCAAAAGGAGAACAAAACCAGAA